CUGCGCCGCGGGGUGGGCGCUGCCCGGCGGCCCCGCCGCCCCCGGCGUGGGCCGCGCCCCGCUCCGGGCCGUGCUGUCGCCUCCCCCGCCGAGGGGAAGGGAAGAGACGGGAGGAGAGGGGAGCAGCGCACUGCAUCGCCCCCGAUCCCACAGCGGCGUCUGGGGCGGUGGCGGCGACGCCCGAGCGCCGCCGUCUCUUUGUUGUGGCAUCUGCGGGGCGGCUCGGCCGGGCUGGCGGCGUGUGUCGGGCCCGGCACGGCACGAAUAACUGGAAGAUGAUUGAGGGCACAUCAGAAGCGGAUCCGCUAGGUACUGGCCGGGCCCCGAUUCCCCUGUGGGCUCUGCAUAGGCGGGACUCUGGAGCGGCCCCUGGGCAGGCCGGAGAGUCGUAUGCUGCCAUCAUGACAGCUGAAGAAACGGUGAACGUUAAAGAAGCUGAAAUAAUCAAACUAAUUCUAGACUUUCUGAACUCCAGGAAACUUCAUAUCAGUAUGCUGGCACUUGAGAAAGAAAGUGGGGUCAUUAAUGGCCUGUUUUCAGAUGACAUGCUUUUUUUAAGGCAGUUGAUUCUUGACGGUCAAUGGGAUGAGGUUCUUCAAUUUAUUCAGCCUCUUGAAUGUAUGGAAAAAUUCGACAAGAAAAGAUUUCGUUACAUUAUAAUGAAGCAGAAGUUCUUGGAAGCCUUAUGUGUAAACAAUGCAAUGUCAGCAGAAGAUGAGCCUCAGCAUCUGGAAUUCACAAUGCGAGAGGCUGUGCAGUGCCUACAUGCGUUGGAAGAAUACUGUCCCUCUAAGGAAGACUACAGUAAACUCUGCUUGCUGCUCACAUUGCCUCGCUUGACCAACCAUGCAGAAUUCAAAGACUGGAAUCCCAGCACAGCCCGUGUGCACUGCUUUGAAGAAGCUUGUGUAAUGGUGGCAGAGUUUAUUCCUGCUGAUAGGAAACUGAGCGAAGCUGGUUUCAAAGCAAGUAACAAUCGUUUAUUUCAGCUUGUAAUGAAGGGAUUGCUUUAUGAAUGUUGUGUGGAAUUCUGUCAGAGUAAAGCAACGGGAGAAGAAAUUACAGAAAGUGAAGUAUUGCUGGGCAUUGAUCUCUUAUGCGGUAAUGGGUGUGAUGACUUGGACCUUAGCUUAUUGUCAUGGCUGCAGAAUCUGCCAGCUACUGUUUUUUCCUGUGCUUUUGAACAAAAGAUGCUUAAUAUUCAUGUUGAUAAACUCCUCAAGCCUACAAAAGCUGCAUAUGCUGAUCUUUUGACACCUCUUAUCAGCAAGCUUUCUCCAUAUCCAUCAUCCCCAAUGAGACGGCCUCAGUCUGCUGAUGCUUACAUGACCCGUUCCUUAAACCCUGCCUUAGAUGGGCUGUCAUGUGGAUUAACAAAUCAUGAUAAGAGAGUCACAGACCUUGGGACCAAAACUUCUCCAAUGUCGCACUCCUUUGCUAAUUUCCAUUACCCAGGAGUACAGAAUCUCAGCCGAAGUCUCAUGCUUGAGAAUACUGAGUGUCACAGUAUUUUUGAAGAGUCACCUGAGCGUGAUACUCCCGUGGAGCCACAGCAUCCCAUCAACAGUGAGACUUUGUGCCAGAGUUCUGUUCCAGAAAAUGAACCAGUUAAUGGAGCACAGAGUCAGGGAUCUGCCAAACAAGAGAAAAAUGAGCUUCGUGAUUCAACAGAGCAGUUUCAAGAAUAUUACAGACAAAGACUACGUUACCAGCAGCACUUAGAACAGAAGGAGCAACAACGUCAGUUGUACCAGCAAAUGUUGUUGGAAGGAGGUGUAAACCAAGAAGAUGGAGCUGACCAGCAACAGAAUCUUACCGAGCAGUUUCUCAACAGAUCUAUCCAGAAGCUAGGAGAAUUAAAUAUAGGUAUGGACAGUCUUGGAAAUGAUGUGCAAACGCUUAGCCAGCAAUGUAAUGGGAGCAGAGGGAAUGCAUCUACUAACCCAGCAAGUAACUUUACAUCACCACCUUCAGAUGCUUCUCAGAGGCUAACAGCUGAUGGCCAAAAUGUUAACACAAGCACUCCUCGAAAACGUGGAUCAGCUAAUCAAAUACCCUUUCCUGAAGAGUCGCCUGUGCAGGGGAAUCAAACUGCGUCAGAGCAUGCUGUCACUCAGCCACAGUUGGACGACUCUUCAGGGAAUCUGAGUAGGACAAGAGGUGAUGAGGAUGACAAAUCAAAAAAACAGUUCAUUUGCAUUAAUACUCUAGAAGACACACAAGCUGUCAGAGCUGUAGCCUUUCAUCCCAGUGGGAGUUUAUAUGCUGUUGGCUCCAACUCUAAAACUUUGAGAGUGUGUGCCUACCCAGAAGUAAUUGACCCAAGUGCUUAUAAUACUCCUAAACAACCUGUAGUUCGCUUCAAAAGAAACAAGCAUCAUAAAGGAUCAAUCUACUGUGUAGCAUGGAGUCCCUGUGGACAGUUGCUGGCUACUGGUUCUAAUGAUAAAUAUGUGAAAGUACUACCUUUUAAUGCUGAAACUUGUAAUGCGACAGGACCAGAUUUGGAAUUCAGCAUGCAUGAUGGGACAAUCAGAGAUCUUGCUUUUAUGGAAGGCCCAGAAAGUGGUGGUGCUAUUUUAAUAAGUGCUGGAGCAGGGGACUGUAAUAUUUACACUACAGAUUGUCAGCGAGGACAAGGUCUGCAUGCUCUAAGUGGUCAUACUGGUCAUAUUUUAGCACUUUAUACGUGGAGUGGUUGGAUGAUUGCAUCUGGAUCCCAAGACAAGACUGUAAGAUUCUGGGAUCUGAGAGUGCCAAGUUGUGUUCGUGUUGUGGGAACAACGUUUCAUGGAACAGGAAGUGCUGUAGCUUCAGUAGCUGUAGAUCCUAGCGGUCGUCUUCUGGCUACGGGACAAGAGGACUCUAGCUGUAUGUUGUAUGAUAUUCGAGGAGGACGAAUGGUUCAGAGCUAUCAUCCUCAUGCCAGUGAUGUUCGCUCUGUGCGCUUCUCUCCAGGGGCUCACUACUUGCUCACAGGAUCAUAUGAUAUGAAAAUAAAGGUGACAGACUUGCAAGGGGACCUCACGAAGCAGCUUCCUCUUAUGGUGGUAGGAGAGCACAAGGACAAAGUUAUUCAAUGCAGAUGGCAUACGCAAGAUCUUUCCUUCUUGUCUUCGUCUGCAGACAGAACUGUAACCCUUUGGACCUACAAUGGCUAGAGUGCAGCUAAAAGCAACCUAUGCAGCUAAAGCACAGAGAUCUGAGGCUACAGAACUGUAAAAACCAAGUAAUAAUAAAUAGGCAUUCAGAGAGCAGCAGUUGAGUAGGAAAGUGUCUUAUCAAGAGGAAGGGCACUUGUCACAGAUUUUUCUGGUUUCUCGGAGGUCUUGGUGUUUUUAGUAUAUUCUUUUGCAGUGCUUUCAGUCUUCCAUGUGAACUCAUGCUGCUGUGACCUAUUGUAGUCUUGUUGCCAAAGUCUGAGAAGAACUCCUUUGUUGUCGAUGUGCACUCUGAGUAACAUGAAUGACGUGUUUACAGUUUGGUAUUAAUUGCAUUCCUUGGUCUUUGCCUCAACGAGAAUUUUAUAUAGAAACUUAAAUUGAACAAAACUUCAAGUUAAUAUCAAACUAGUUCCACAUGCACAUAAAAGAUAAAUUACUUCCACUGUUCUUUCAGAUUUAUUAUAUUCAUCACUUCUCCACGAGAGGUCAAACUUUUUAACAUCUCCAUGGUUUCAACUUUUUUAUUAAUAAACUCUGAACUUUAAAGGUGACUAGGCAGUAACUGCAUCUUGAUUAUGGUCCAUGGUAUAGUGUGGGUCUUUUCUUUCUCUUCAUCUAAACUGGGGGAAAUGUUGCCGUUUUUACUACAUGACAUUGUUUUCAACAAGCUAACAUGUUGGAGGGGGGGGAAAGUAAAAUAGUGUUGUUUUGUUUUGUUUUUUUCUGUAGAAACAUACAAUAUUUUACUUUUUGAAUGCAACAGAAUACCUCUGUGUAUAAUGUACUGUAGAAAAGAGUGGAUUGGCAGCAGUUGUCGCAGUGAGCUUAACGGCUAUCAGUUUUCAAAGUAAAAGGGAUACCAUUAACACUAUAAUAGAAACCAGCAUGGCUUAAAAUGCUAUGUCUGCAUGGUAAUUUAAGAAUUAAGUCAUUUAAAUUCCCAGGUCAGAAGCUUAUUUGAAUUUUAUUUCUUGCACUGUUUAUGUAGGGGAAAUUACAGUUCUAUUUCUACAGAACUUUAGAUUCUAAUGUUUAUGUAUUGUUAUAUUUUUCAUAUUGUACAGUUUCUUUUACUUUUUAAAUUUAAACCUUAAACAUUAGGUUAUUUAUUUAUUUGAACAGUUAAGUUUUGGAUUCUCUUAAUUACUAAAUUAUAUGUGCACUGUAGCAAGCAAUUUUAACUAUCGUAUAAAAGUGGAAAGGUAAAUAUAGAAGUGUAUCUGUGCUAUAAUCUCAAUAAAGACCUCCAACACCUG